GAAGGGCUCCACGCCAGGAGCAGUAUUAUCCGUUUUUCAGCAGCUGGUCAAAGUGAGGGGGGGACCUGUCACCGUAACCCCCUUUGACACGUCAUGCUGCCAAGGAAGACCUUUGACCUGAGAGUCCACGUGGAGGCCACAGGGGAGAAGUUCCGAAUAACCGAAUGUUCUAACAACAUGACGAUACGGGAGAUGAAGUCUAAGCUGGAGCUGAUUACUGCAAUCCCCACCAACUACCAGAGGCUCUACUACAUUGAUGAGGGAGAAAUGCCCGACAACGUCACCCUGAAAUUCAACGGCAUAAUCAGCGGUGGGAUAAUAAGAUUGAAAACCUGGUCUCAGGAUGGUUUGGAUAAACUGUUCGAAGCUGCUGCACUCGGCUAUAUGGAUGAGCUCCUGGCUCUCGGCGUUACCAAGGACAGUGACUAUACCACUCCAAAUUCGAAGCGCAUGGAUGCCAAGGCGAAGGCAGUCUGGAAUUCGGAGCGUAACUUUGUUGCGUUACUUAUCGCCGCUCACAGAGGGCACGUUGACAUCGUCAGGUACCUUCUGAAGAAUGGUUCCAAUCUGAACACCAAGACAAUAGAUGGGCACUCUGCCCUGCACAUGGCAGUGGUUGGGGCUAGUGGUCAGUGCAUCACCUUCCUGCUGUCAGAAGGGGGAAUUGCCAUCGGUAUUGACCGUACAGGGCGGACAGUCCUGGACAUGGCUCGUGUGACGGAUCACAAGGAGAACGUUGGCAAGCUCCUGCAGUUCCAGUGGAUGAAGCGGACCGCUGACCUCAAACCGGCCGCCCCCAUUGAGGAGGCGGACCUCUUUGCCCAUCAGCGUUUCGACUCCACGCUGAAGACGUGGAAGACGGGCACGCACGGAAAGAUCUACAUGGCCAACCUGCUGAAGCCACGGGGGCCCCGGGGAGCCCGGGCUGAGCAGAAACAUCACAUCCCACGCAAGGGUGGCAGAAAGAGGCCCAUGCCUGGCAUCAGAGAGGCUCGCGCACCUGGAUCAGACCCAGCCAGCAGCAGGGCCCACAUGUCAUUGGAACACACCUAGGCGGUGCCAGCCGCCGCUGCUGCUGGGCACCAACGCCAACAGCCCAGUGGCAACUACCAGAGCUCAGCUCC